UUUUUGUUACACACGUUCUGGGCCUCAGCUGAGUUUGACUAUAUAGGCUACAUACGGCAUGCUACAUUCUGACCUACAUUAUGUAGUAAAUGUGGAUGUCCAAAUUUCGGCGAGCGCCUGGGAAAGUAUGCCCUCCAUUGACGAAAUGCUUAUAACACCGAGAGGCUUUGUCUUUCAGGAAUUCUGAAUUAUACAAAAUCGCCGGACUUUUUCGUAAACAGUGUAACAUUUAAAUAAGAGGUUUUUUUUGUAGGCUAUAGAAAAUGGAGGUCUUCGAGGGAGCCCACGGUGGUGAAAAUGUCUUGGACUUGUCGCGUUUGAACCUGAACAACCUGAAUUUUGACAACCUCAGCGACAAAAGGAGAGAAGAGACCAAACAAUUAUAUUUGUGUUAUAACCGCCUCACGGUGUUAUCGGAGUCGGUAUCCUUGUUCAUGAACUUAGAAUUUCUGGACAUCAGCUGCAAUGGACUAGCAGCCAUCUGCGACGACAUUACUAGUCUGACAAAGCUGAGGACUCUAAUUGCCAAGAACAAUCGUCUGGAUGAGUUUUCGCUACCAAAAGAAUUUGGAUCAUUGCAGCUCGAAGUAUUGAACUUUAGCGGUAACAGAUUUGAGGAAAUGCCUCCCCAAUUUUUUCAGCUGCAACGACUCCAGUCUCUCUCGCUUGGGGGAAACAGGCUGAAAUCCAUUCCACCCGAGAUAGAACACUUGACAAGCCUGGAGCUGCUGUAUCUCGGAGGCAACCUCAUCACAUCCAUUCCUGUAGAGCUGGCUAACCUGCCUUACCUCAGCUACCUGGUGCUAUGUGACAACCGCAUCCAGAGUGUCCCGCCCCAGCUCAACAGACUCCACUCUCUGCUCUCUCUCAGUCUCCAUAACAACCUCCUCACCUACCUGCCUCGCGAAAUUCUGAGCCUACUUGAGCUUCAGGAGCUCAGUCUCCGCGGCAACCCGCUCGUCGUGCGUUUCGUGAAGGACAUGACCUACGACCCCCCAUCGCUGCUGGAGCUGGCCGGACGGACCAUCAAGACCCGGAACCUCACCUACUCGCUGCAGGACCUCCCCACCAACCUAGUCACCUACCUGGACCUGGCCAGCAAGUGCCCCAACCCAAAGUGUGCAGGGGUGUACUUUGACUCGUGCGUGCGCCACAUCAAGUUUGUGGACUUCUGCGGCAAGUACCGGCUGCCGCUCAUGCACUACCUGUGCUCCCCAGAAUGCACCUCUCCCUGCAGCUCCAACCCGCAGAGCGACGCCGACUCCGAGGACGAACACAACGUCCCGGUCGACCGCCUUCAGAGGGUGUUGCUGGGAUAGUGGAGGAAUUUUGGGAGAAAGGACGCAGGCAUUGCGCCACCAUGGCAACUAAUCCAACCCCAUGCUCUUGUGUAUCAGGCUGGCUUGAUUUCUCUCUCCCUCUCUGUCUUUCUCUCACUCAUGCUUUCAUUUGAGACUCUUUCAUUCCCUCUCUCUCUCUCUCUCUCUUGCUCUCUCUAUUCUCCACAAAGACAGACUACUCCUCUUCAAAUCCCAGCCAUUGGCAAAAAGAAACACUGGUACACUACUACUGACCUCCUUAAUCAGAGAGUCGGAGAGCCUUGUAUGUGCUGUGAUGUGGUGAGGCAUCUGAAGGCAGUUUUCGCUACUUUGUUUUCAGCAGAGGUCUUUUCUACAUUUACCACUGGUCACUGAUCUAGAAUAAAACGUUUGGCAAGGAAAACAUUUACAUGAACUCCUCUGUAUUUCUGAAUUGUUUUGGACUGUUCAUAUCCUGCUGUAAAACAAAGAUGUAUGGGGAAGUAAAUGCCUUAAAAGGAAGGAUUUUGAAGGCUCCAUCAAAAGGAACCUUCAGAGCAUUUUAAGUGCCAAAUGGUCACUCCGACUAUGCAGCUACAGGGCCCUCUCUGGUCCGAUAAAGACAAAGAAGAGCUGUGAAAGUGAUGGUCCACUACUGUACUCUAAAUGCAGUCCGAAACAAGAACCAUCAAAUACCAGGUCAUUCCUCUGGACUCUGGUUUGUCCUCAAAACCCGCUGUCUUGGGAGAAGGCACAGAUAAUCUUUUUGUUUCAAAAAAUUGUGAAGCAGGUCAAGCCUGAAGAUCCAGACAGUUUUUGACUCACGAGUUACUUUUGAACUAACUGGCCUUUUCUCUUCUGUUUGCACAUUAUUGGUGCACUAAUGUUGGCCUCUGGCCAGGUGUCUCAGUGUGAAGAUAAGAAGCUAAUUUUACACUCGCAUUCCCCACCGACCCCACUGUUGACUUUUACUACACCAUGUUGUGAAAUUGCUCGGCUCUAUGGUCUAGAUGGCCUGCUUAUGUUACAUCACCUGUGAACCUACUACAUAUUUGAUCAAAAAGGGCUCAGUCUAGCGCUUUAUAGAUUAAUUCACGGAAAAAAUGUAACAUGUUCAAACCAUUCAUCAUUGGCAAAAUACAUGCAACGUUGAUUAACUAAUUAAGAUUGCUUAUUGUUUUUACACUGUUGCCAUCUAGUGGCGGGAAAACAGGAAUUCCCAUCUGAAUCCAAUUUAACAGCAGAUCUAGUUUGCUAAUGUACAAGUGGAUGGUGAACUCUUGUAAACUCAUGCAGCAGUUCCUUGAUGAAGGAGUUACCGUGGUGAGAUUGCCCCCACUGUGUGUAUGAAAUGUAUUAUUGUAUAUGUCUAUGCCUUUCACCAAGCAACGAAAGCGUCAAAGUGAACAAGACUAGAAUCGAGCCUUAAACAUUUCAUCACAUGAAAUGUGCACCUAUUGUUACAUGGCCUACAGUCUAGUUUAGUGUUUGGUGUUUGGGAUGUGCCUUAAAUAGAAUGUAUGUUCCUAAAGUAGACGACGUACAUGUUAUUUGUUCACGUUGCUGAAGCAAAUAUUCAACACUACAAAAUACAGGAUUUUUUGGUUUUCAAAGCAGCUAAUUUGUUCAGUGCAUAAUGGCCGAUAUUUACAAACCUACCAUAUAAAUACCCAGUUGAUAUUUACUGUAUAACAAAACAGUACUGAUCUCUGUAUGAAAAUGUGACAUCAUUUUUCUUUUGUUGUUUUUAUGUCUUAACAACCUAGAUUUCUAUUAACAACUGCAAAGACCUGAGAAUGCAAUUAAAAAAAAAAAAUGUUUUAUCUUUUCUGCUUUUGUACUACCAGACUUACACAGGAUUUUGGCAACUAAGCACAUUUAUUUAUAAUUAAAGAAGGCAAGCUUUGGUACACUUAUCAUUGAAAGGGAAAUCCUACACAAUUAUUUGAUAGGUAUUUGCACUUUUCCCUUCUGGCGUAGAUUGUAUAACACCCUUAAUAAAUUUAAGAUUGUUGUUUGUUCUAA